CCUCCGCGAGCGGAUACCGUCAAGAUGAUUCAAUUAAAGACAAUGCUUAACUGCAUCGACAACUCGGGCGCUGCCCUUGUUGAAUGCGUCUUGGUCGUUGGCCAAAAGCGACAUGCCCGAAUCGGUGACCGUGUCGUUGUUGUCGUCCAGGAGCAGCGUGGUAGCUCCUCCGGUGGCAUGGCCGGUAUGUCUGCCGCCAACAAGGUCAAGCGAGGUGACAUUCGUCACGCCGUCGUCGUCCGAACCCGAUACCCUACACAGCGCCCCGACGGAUCAAUCGUCAAGUUUGACGACAACGCCUGUGUUUUGUUGAACAAGGCUGGUGACCCCGUCGGUUCACGUAUCAACGGCGCUGUUGGCGCUGAGCUGAAGCGCAAGAAGUGGAGCAAGAUCUUGUCAAUGGCUCCCAUGCAGGCAUAAACACAACACAAGUCAGGUUAGGGAAGCAAGGGGACAGAAGAAAUUACAACCAAAACUAGGGAAGGGGACGGUUGGUGAUUUAUAAAAGACACCAUAGACUACGGGAGCGAGGUUGGCUGACAACAGCCGUGUACGGGUGGAAUACUGUACAAUUAUGAAUACUAUACUCGGGCAUAUGCGAGGCGUUGAUGCGAGAAUAAAAACACCUUUCAGCUCUUG